AUGCUGAAGUGUGUUUUCACCUUCAUUCGUCUUUUUCUGCUCUUAUUAGGUUUCUCCAUCAUUUGUCUGGGAGUCCUUUGCAUUUCCACAAGUUCCUCCACAUGCAGGUGUGGAAAUAAUGAGGUGGUGUUUUACUGCCUGUUAGCUUUGGGGUUCUUUCUCCUUGUGACUGGCAUUUUCUGGAGCACUGUCCAUGAAGUCCAGAAAUACAGGGGCCUCACCAGCAUCUUCAUUCAAAAUCCGAGCCACAGAGAGCUACAUAUCAGCACCAUAGACAGGCCUGACUUCUAUCCCCCCUCCUAUGAAGACAGCAUAGAUCCUGAAAAACAGACCUCCCCACUGCCAGUUGCCUCCAUGCUAAAACAGCAAGAAGCCAUCAAUAUCCCUCCACCUCUGUAUAAUGAAAGCAGUGCAGAGUUCAUCAGUGAAACUAAUGAGCAGGAACAGCUGCCACCAUAUGAAUUAUCUGUGCAGCAGCUACUGCAGCAGCAAACAGCUGACCAAGACUUAAACCCCGGAGGGGAGUCAAAUUCUCUUCCAUUCACACAAGAAAACAGCUACCAACAGGAGAAAGAAUGCCAGGGGACCUCAGAAAGAGCAAUGCCUCUCAGAACAUCUGAGACAGGCAGUGGGUAA